AUUAUACUACUAUAAUUAGGCAAUCUGUUCGUGCUAUGAAUGAAUAUAUGUCUCCUUGCGGUCAUGAUGUAUGAGUUGAAAAGGAAGCCAGUGAUAAAAGUGGUUACAUUGAGUUUAUCACCACCUUGAAUGAUGGCUGCUGGAGUUAUGUUGGAAAACAGGGAACAUCAAAACAACAAAUUGGCAUUGGAUAUAUGUGUAAUACUAAAGGGACUAUUCUUCACGAAAUGCUUCAUGCUAUGGGUUUCUUACAUGAACAACAACGUUGUGAUCGCGAUAGUUACAUUGAGAUUAUUAAGCCAAAUAUUAAUAGUAUUGUUGGAGGCAAAAAAUUUAAUGCAAUGGCACAGUUUGAAUGUUACUAUUCUAUCCAACAAACACAUUAUUCUUCUCCUUAUGAUAUUUUCUCCAUUAUGCACUAUGAUUUAUGGGCUUUAUCAAAAAGGCCAAAGCGCACUGCAAACACAAAAACUAUGAGAUUAAAACCACAGUUUAUGAAUUUAACAAUAGAUAUUGAAGAAUUAAUUGGUAAAAUGGGUAGAAUGAGUGAUACAGACAAGCAAGAGGUUAAUGCACUGUAUGGAUGCAUUGCACCAACGUGCAUUGUUUCUUGUAAUGGUACAAAUACUUGUGCUGAACUUCCACCAACUCCAAAUGAUAAAAUGAGGGCUCAAGCAAGAAUCAUCAAAUCAUUAACUUAUGUAGUUGGUGGAAAAAUGGUGGCAAACAUUAAAAAACUAGAUAAAGAGUUUCGUGUUUUUUUAAAAAUUCAUCCAAAUGUUUAUUCAAAAAAGUUGCACAAUGUAAUUCAUUUAGUUGUAGGUUCUAGUAAAAAAAGUCGCGGUAAAGAGGUUUUAGGUGUAUGGUUUUCAGAUGCGGGUGAUGGCAGAUUGAAUAUCACUGUACCAACAACUAAAAAAUAUUUUAUUACUGAUCCUCAACCAAUAAAUUCAUAUUGUACAAUAGAUAUUCUUCAGCAAUACGAAGAAAGAAAAUACAUAUACACUAUUAAAAUAAAUGCAGAAAAUGUUUACUCUGAACAGAAUCCACUGCCCAAAUGGUUCAACAAUGUUCAGGUGUAUGCCUCAAACCCAUGGGACUUAGUCCAAGACACAUACAUAGAGGGAAUGUUUAUAAUCAAUGGAAAGAAAGAUCAACCAAGCAUGAUUGAUCUUGUCAUCAGUCCAACAGAUAAAGUUGCUCAACUAUCAGAAAAAGAGCUCUGUGAAAAUGAAGUUAUUGGAACAAUGAGCGUUUUAGAAAAAGCAUACUCUGUAUCUUUUAAACUGAAACCUUAUUCAUAUUCUAGAGGAUGGGAAAAUGUUCUCCACGUAACCAAAGGUCAGAAUUAUGGGGAAUGUGGUGACAGAAAUCCUGCAGUGUUUUUUCAUAAAGACGGUUCUGGGCGACUUGUAUUUUUUUCGGCUAUUAAUGGCAAUAUUAACUCAGAGUUUGAAACAAAAAAUCCACUUCCACUCAAUGUAUGGUCGAGUAUUAAAAUAGAACAAACUUUGAAAAAUCGUUCUUAUGUUUAUGCUAUUUAUGUUAAUGGUUCCAUUCAAUAUGAAAUAGAAAACAAAGAUCCAAGGCAAUUUAAAGAUGUGAAAGUAUAUAUUUCAGAUCCGUGGUAUACAGCACAUGAUGGUGAUAUUAAAGAAUUGUUUGUUGUGAAUGGAGAUACAAAAAGUACCUCUGAUAAAACUCAACCAUUGGAUAAAUUUGAAGAUGCCAAUGAACAAAAGCUGCAAGAAAAGAAUUUGAUUGCAACCAUAAACCUUUUGAGUACAACAUUCACAGUUUCUUUCCAGAUAAAACCAACUUCUUAUUCGAUAGGAAAGCAUAGUGUUUUUCAUUUUAUGCAGGAUAGGUAUUUAACUCAACAAGCCAAUAAAAAAAUUUCAGCCUGGUUUCACGAGGAUAGAUCUGGAAGGUUAGUUAUUGUAGCUGGUUUUUUAAAUGACGUGAAAAAACUAACGGAGUUCACCACCAAAGAUUCCCUCCCUUUAAACCAAUGGUCAUCUAUUAAAUUAACACGAACCAAAGCCAUUUCUAAAGAUAAAACUAGUUUUAACAUCUACCUUAAUGAUAUACGUAUUUUCAAUGUUGAAAAAGAAGCAGAAACUUUUGAAUUUGUUAGAGUUUUCUUUGGUGAUCCAUGGAACAGUGUUCAAAAUGGCUACAUUAAAGAAUUGAAAAUAUACAAUAACUAAUUUUAAAAGUUGCAAAAACAACAUCGUUGUCGAAGCUAUUGAACAAGCUAAUUUGCCGAUGUCAUUCAAAAAAUAACUUUUUCUAAUAAUUUGCAUAAAUAAUACGAUUCAAAACGUGUUACCCUCCUGAAAUAUCAAAAUAAUAAAUAAAAAUAAAA